CAACGAAUAAAUGCAAAUCAAAUUAAAACAAAGGAGAUAAAUAUAACUUUUCCCACUUCUUUACGUAGUUCAUAGUAAGCAUAUUCCCUUAGUAUAUAUAUAGGGGUGUGUGUGUCUAUAAACAGCUGUACCUUGGAAAGUCGGUUUCAAAAUAAGAAAUUCGACCGUUGAAACCCUAAACCUUUCUGCUCUCCCUUUCUCUCUACAUUCUACUCAUUAACCCUAAGUCCUGCAAAUAUUGCGGUCCAACAAAACUCUAGGUAUUCUUGUCAGAAAGAUCAGAGGGAAAUCCUAAAAGAUACUCUACUUUCCGAUUCCCCCUCUGAUUUUUCAUUAGCCCUAGGUCUCGGAAAUAUUCAGACAAUCGAGAAUUAUCGGCAUUCUUUGUGAGCAAUUCCAUAGAGAAUUGAAGAGAAAGGCGGAGGAGAUAGCCUGAUUUGUUUCGAAACCCUAAAGCGCCAGAAAAAGGAAAGGAGAAAUGAAAAGGAAGGCAGAGGAGAGUCUGUGUGGUCAUGGAGAAAGUUGGGUGAGAGGGCCAAUGAUCGGCAAAGGAAGUUUUGGGUCCGUGUUUCUUGCUACUUCAAAGAAACCCAGGUCACGGUUCUCUUGUUUUCCUUCGGCCAUGGCUGUGAAAUCUGCAGAGGUCUCUGUUUCGGCUUCGCUUCAGAAGGAGAAAGAGGUUCUCGACAACGUCAAAGGCUGCCCUUAUGUGAUUAGCUGCUUUGGGGAAGAGACUACGACCCAAGAGAACGGUGAGAUGGUUUACAACUUGUUAUUGGAGUAUGCUUCUGGAGGAACCCUAGCCGAUUCAAUCGAGAAAUCUGAUGGUUGUGGGUUGCCCGAACCCGAUGUUAAGCGCUACACCAAAUCGAUUCUCAAAGGGCUUCGUCACAUUCAUGACUGCGGUUAUGUGCACUGCGAUCUGAAGCCUGAGAAUGUUUUGCUUGUGCCCACUAUUAAUUCUAGUGGUAAUUUUGUGGCAAAGAUCGGGGAUUUUGGGUUGGCGAAGAGGUCAGCACAGAGUAAGAAGAGAAGGUUCGACUCGGACCUUUACUUGAGAGGCACUCCGUUAUAUUUGGCCCCUGAAACGGUGAUUGAGAGGGUACAGGAGCCUUCCUCUGAUAUUUGGGCUCUGGGAUGUGUUGUGUGUGAGAUGCUUACUGGAGAAUCCCCUUGGAAUAGGGCGGAAGAGUUGAACACAGAGGAUCUUUUACGUUUGAUUGGUGAUGGGCAUGAACUGCCUAAAAUUCCGAGUAACAUUUCUGAUGAAGCAAGGGGUUUCUUGAAGGCGUGUCUUGUGAGGAAACGCAUGUUCAGAUUCACGGCUGAGAUGCUAAUGGAUCAUACAUUUCUGGCCAGUGUAGGCGAGCAUGAUGAUGAAGUAAAGGAUAAAGGAAUACUGGCUGUUCGGGAUGAAGAACUAGUGGCUGCUCCUAGUUUUUCAUGGCCCGAGACUGAUUCUGAGAUUAGUGGUCCUUCUUCUUCGGGUAAUUGGAGCUUGUAUUCUGAUGAUGCUUCAGCCUUUUCUUCUUGGCCAGAAGAAGAUGAGGAUUCGGAAGUGCAAUUCAUUGAGAGCUCUGGCAAAAAAGUCUCUCUUGUGGGUUCUUUGAACUGCCUGGCUUCAACCAUUCCUAUUGGAGCUUAGCAGCGACUAUAAAAGAAUAUUGGAGCUCAGAUAAAAGAUGGUCUCUUGGCCUCGCUUCAACCAUGCUUAUUGGAGCUUAUUGGCGGUGACUACGUAAUACGUAUGAAGUUUCCAAUUGUACAUUUUACAGUUUCCUUGUAUGCUAUUUCUAGCUAGCUAUCUAGUUACACCAAUAUUUGGAAAGUAACAAUUCCAACAACUAUACAUUGCAUGUUCUGUCUUGCAAGAUUUUGUAUGUACUAUCUCUGCCGUGACUUGGCUAUAUUAGUAGAUUAGGAGCUCCCUUUACUAGAGGGGAACUAUUCUGUUGUGGCUCAACUUAACAUGUUGAAAAUUUAUGACAAAGACUAGCAAAAUUUUAUAGUGCUC